CAAAGCUUCCCGCUCUUCCUCGCCAUUGUCGAACAGAUUCUUCUUUGAUUUCCAUUUCAAUGCAAGCCUGAGAAAUAUUCAUUCAUUCAUAGGACUAAAAGGGAAACAGAAAAAAACAAGCUAGAAUAAGAGAUGGGAUGUUCUCAAUCAAGGUUGGAUGAUCAAGAAUCAGUUCAGAUUUGCAAAGAUAGAAAGAGACUCAUCAAACAAGCUGUUGAGCAAAGAGCACAAUUUGCUUCUGGCCACAUAGCAUACAUCCAAUCCUUGAAAAGAGUCUCGGCUGCGAUGCGAAAUUACAUUCAAGGAGACGAGCCGCACCAGUUCUCAUUGGAUUCAUUCAUAACACCUGUGAAGAAGACUAGUCCAGCCUUCAUUUCCAUAUCAUCCAAGUCCUUCACUCCAACAACAAUUGAGUUCUCAUCCAAUUCAACUUUGAAGGUCAAUUAUCUAAGGCCCAGUGGCAACCCGCCAAUUUUGGUUGAGGAAAGGCCUCCAUCGCCCGAAAUGGUUCGAGUUGAAACAUAUUCUCCAAUGGAGCAAUAUGCCAUGGAUGAUGGUUUCUUUGUCAUGCAAUCCUCACCUAUGAACUCCUCAGCUUUUGCUUAUUCUCCCAAUAAUAGGCCUAGUAUCCCUCCCCCUUCUCCCCAAACAUCUCAAUGGGAUUCCUUUUGGAACCCUUUUACUUCAUUAGACUAUUACGGAUACCCCACCAGAAGUAGCCUUGAAGAGACUAUUGCAGAUGAUGAGGACCGAGGAUUGAGGCGGGUUCGAGAAGCAGAAGGAAUUCCAGACCUUGAAGAGGUUGAAACUGAAAAAGAAGAUUUUGUUGGAAAGAGAAAUGUUGUAGAAGAAAGAAUCAGAACUGAUAUAAACUCCACCAAGGAAGAGGUCACGGUUGAAGACGAGGAGGAAGAGGACAGAACAAAAACUGAAAUUGCACAUGAAGUCAAAGAAUCAAAAGGCAGUGGCAGUGAAAGAUUUCAAGUAUCAAAAGUUCAAACUGCAGGUCAAGUUGAAUCUACAAGCCAUCAGGAAGUGGCAGGUGGUAAUCAAGAAGCUAAGGUAGAAGCACCUGGUUUUACAGUUUAUGUAAACCGAAGGCCGACAAGCAUGGCAGAAGUAAUCAGGGAUCUUGAUGUUCAAUUCACAAAAGUUUGUAAUGCAGCCAAUGAAUUUUCAGCGUUGUUAGAGGUCAAUAAAGCUCAAAAUUCAUCGAUGUCUAAUGAGCUGUCAGCAUCAAAAUUGUUGAAUCCUGUAGCUCUGUUCCGGUCUUCAUCAUCAAGAUUUUUAAAGAAUAAUUCUUCAAGCACUGGGGAUGAUGGCUGCAAGGGCACUAGUGAUCCCGUAGAGGAACAAUGUAUGUUUUCUGGUAGUCAUCAAUCAACAUUGGACAGGUUAUAUGCUUGGGAGAAGAAGCUGUACGAGGAAGUUAGGUCUGGAGAACGUGUUCGAAUUGCGUAUGAGAAGAAAUGUCUGCAACUCAAGAACCAUGAUGUGAAAGGAGAGGACCCCUCUUAUGAAGAUAAAACUAGAGCAGCCAUUAGAGAUCUACAUACCCAGAUAACAAUUUCAAUUCACUCAAUUGAAGCAAUCUCCAAGAGAAUUGAAACUCUAAGGGAUGAAGAGUUGCAUCCCCAACUUCUUGAAUUGCUACAAGGGCUGGCAAAGAUGUGGAAUGUGAUGGCAGAAUGUCAUCAGAUGCAGAAGAUAACCUUGGAUGAAGCUAAGAUUCUUCUAACUGGCACUGAUGUCAGAAAACAGUCUGGCAUGUCAAUAACUGAUCCACAUAGGCUUGCUUGUUCUGCCUCGAUUCUUGAAACUGAGUUGAGGAAUUGGCGAAGCACCUUCGAGUCAUGGAUCACUUCUCAAAGAUCCUACAUUCGUGCACUGGCCGGCUGGCUGCUUCGGUGUAUGAGAUGUGAGCCUGAUGCAUCAAAGUUACUAUGUUCUCCUCGCAGGUCAAGUAGCACUCACCCAUUGUUUGGACUGUGUGUUCAGUGGUCAAGGCGACUGGACGCCAUACAAGAAUCAGUGGUGCUGGACGGCAUAGACUUCUUUGCAGCUGGUAUAGGGUCCUUCUAUGCACAACAGCUAAAAGAAGAUUCUCGCCAAAAUGUUGGUAGAUCAACGGAAACCAAUGAGAGCAUGGAAAUGGUGGAAGCUGGACCGGUAAAAGAGGCAAUGAGUACUGAGCAAUUGGCUGAAAUCGCUAUUAGGGUACUUUGUGCUGGAAUGUCAGCUGCUAUGAGUUCAAUGGCAGAGUUUGCUGUUGAUUCUGCUGAGGGAUACAAUGAACUUGUUAAGCAAUGGGAGAAUGAGAAGUUGCAGCAGCAACAAACUUGUGUGACUGGAACGUGAUCUCUUGCAUUUUGUGGCUUAUUUAUUUAUUUAAUUAGCUAGUGCCAGUGAAUGUAAUUUACUUAAGGGUAGAUUUUGAUGGAGAGUGGUGGAAUAGGAAGGGGAGGGAAAAAAGUUUUAUGUAAAGUCUCUCACCUAUGUUUGAGAGUUUUUUGAUAC